AUGGUUAAGGGGAAAUCGAAGGAUGCUGGUAAUGAUGUGAGAAUUGGGUGGAGAGAUCCAAUGGAACUAAAAGCUUUUUGUGAUUUGUGUGCUGCUCUAGUUCUAGAAGGCAAGAGGAAUAGUGGAUUUUUGAGAAAGGAAGGGGUUGAUACAGUGAUUAAGCAAUUGGGUGAAAUGGGCAAAGUGCUUUUUGAGUGUGACACUGGGUUGGGUUAUGAUCCUAACAUUAGGAGGAUUGAGGCCACUGAUGAGUGGUGGACCCGAAAGCUUAAGGCAUGUCUCAAGGCAUCAACCAUUUGCCACAAAGGUUUGCCAAAUGUUGGUUUUAUGGAAAUCAUGUUUGAAGGCACGGUUGCAAUAGGGGAAAAUGCAUGGACCCCAAGUGGUGAAAUACCAAAGGAAUUCAUCGAAGGGUUUGGGGACUCCACUGAUAGCAAAGAAUUUGUUGACCCCCAUUGUCAGCCCUCUACAGAUGUUGACCCAAUGGAGGUUGAAGGCCAAUCAUCGUCGUAG